AAACACAAGUUAUUGUGGCGCUACAGCUGUUUCUCUCUGUGCUGCACUACAGGGGGAGUCAUCACCUAUAUCGGACCCGUCAGCUCAUCCUCAAGCCCAGUGUUGCUGUGCAACGAUAACUCAAACAGCAGUUUCCAGUCGCUAUCUCAGUCGUGUUCUCCGUUACCACCGUCUCCCACCAGCUCCGGCUCCCAGGACAGUCAUCACUACAGGAGCAACUCAGUGUGCGGAGAGGAAUGCUCAAACAGUGGCUCCUUCAGCAACUUGAAACUAUCCACAGACGAUGGUAACAUCGUUUCCACCAGUAAAAGCAGCUCUGCCAUUACAAAAAUCAGUGGGAUGAUUCUCUUGUGUAAAGUAUGUGGAGAUGUGGCAUCUGGUUUCCACUAUGGAGUCCACGCCUGUGAGGGUUGCAAGGGAUUCUUUCGGAGAAGCAUUCAGCAGAACAUCCAGUACAAGAAGUGUCUAAAGAACGAGAACUGCACCAUCGUACGGAUCAACAGGAACCGUUGUCAGCAAUGUCGCUUCAAGAAGUGUCUCGCUGUUGGGAUGUCCAGGGACGCUGUGCGUUUUGGGCGCAUUCCGAAACGAGAGAAGCAGCGGAUGUUGGCAGAGAUGCAGAGCGCUAUGGUGAACAUGGUCAACAUUCAACUCAAUGGCAAACUGCAGAACGAAAUCCAGCCCCAGCAGCAGAAUUGGCCACUUGAGGCACCGUUGCCUGCACCUGUGCAGCCACAGCUGCCUCUCUACUGCCCCAGCACCGAGGCCUCGAUGGAUGAAGUCAUUUGCUCAAUUACCAGAGCCCACAAGGAAACCUUCACCUACGCCCAUGACAAGUUAAAGCAAACAUUGUCAGCCUGUCACUACAACAGAGAGCUGGGGAACCACAAUGCCAAUUGCUGCCUUAAUGGCUACCACAUCAACGGCAUGAACACCAUCUACCAUCAGGACAACAACAUCUUUCACAAAAACAACGGCAGCUCACCGAACAACAGCUAUGCAUCGCCCCACUCUAACGGCCAUUCGAAUGGACACAUGAAUGGACAUUACCACAAUCAAACUAGUGGGCAACAGUUAUACACUAAAUAUAGCUGCAGUGACAGUGAGGCGAGAGAAACUGGCAAUGGUCAGACCUGCCCUUGGAAAGGAAUGAGCAGCGUAAUUCUGGCCUGCCCAAUGAACACGCACCCACACGCACACUGCAAUCGCUCUGUACAAGAGAUCUGGGAGGAUUUCUCACUGAGCUUCACACCAGCUGUUAAAGAAGUUGUGGAAUUUGCAAAACUUAUCCCAGGCUUCAAGGAGUUGUCCCAGCAAGACCAGGUCACUCUACUGAAAGCAGGUGCAUUUGAGGUCCUGAUGGUGAGAUUUGCCUCAUUGUUCAACAUGAAGGAGCAGACGGUCACCUUCAUCAGUGGGACAGCAUACUCUGUUAGUGAGCUGCGGGGGAUGGGCAUGGGCGACCUGCUCAACUCCAUGUUUGACUUCAGUGAGAAGUUGGCCUCCCUGCACCUGAGCGAGGAGGAGCUUGGGCUGUUCACAGCUGUGGUGCUGGUCUCCGCAGACCGCUCUGGGAUUGAAAAUAGCAACUCUGUGGAGCAGUUGCAGGAAACUCUAAUUCGAGCCCUGAGGGCGCUGGUGAUCAGAAACAACCCCACCGAAGCCUCUCGCUUCACAAAACUGCUGCUAAAGCUCCCAGAUCUUCGCACCCUGAACAAUCUGCACUCGGAGAAGCUGCUGACCUUCCGCAUAAACCCAUGAUCUUCACACGGACACUUUCAUCCCGAUAUAAAGAUUUUAUUUAUGUUCAGAAUGGCCAUUAUCAAAUUGGCAAAUUGUAAAUAUCUGUACAUUUCAGACAUGAAGGGAGUGUAAUAUAUUCUUAUAUGGAAUGUUUUAUGGAAACAAAAUCAAUAUAUUUAAGACGUCCUUUAGGAUUAUAUAUCCAUGCAGAACAGUUUACUGUCCUUGGCUGUGCCUGAGCUCGGGGGGGAAGUGAGGGAGAAAGGAGAGAA